AUGCAAGAUACGUUCAAUGCAAAUAGAAAAUUUACUAAAAUUAAUUCUACAAAUGACAGAAAUGCUGGAUUCAAAGGACCACCUAGUGCUUGUAAAUUUUUUGGUGAUUGGCAUUUCCAUAAUGAAUGUUCACGAAAUCCAUAUUUAGCUAGAAAUGAAGGGAGAAAUAACAGAGAUCAUGAUAUAGUCAAAAUUCAUAUUGAUGACCUUAGACCAAUACCAGCAAAAGAAACAUUGAGCUUUGAAAAACAAGAUCGUGGUAUUAUAAUAUCUGGAUCAUCUGAAGAUUCAGAUACAGAUACUGAUGAUUCAAUAUAUGACCCAUUUCACAACGUUUCAGAACCAAUAACACGGAGACAGAGUUGCGAUUUAGUUGUCUACACACCGAAUCAUGACUCGUAUGAUGAUAUCCAAAAUGCUUUGUAUCAAAAUAUGGACGUAAAUGAUGCGCUAUCAGAUACCGAUUUCACACCAUCAGAACCGACCUCUAAUGUUGAAAUGAGACCUCGACCUAGAAUCACAAGAAAAAGAGUACCUCCCAAACAUCUACAAGAUUACGACUGCAGUUAG